GAGUUUGGAAAAAAACUUCUUCGUAACGAAUGAAAAUAUGGUAACGGUGCAAUGCGGUGCGUGAUUCAACCGCACCCGCAUUCGAUUCAGAUCCACAAUGCCAACAUUAACAUAAUUAUUAAUGCCUGCGGUAUUCGCGACAAUGCAUUCAAUUCAAUCAAUUCACUCAAUUCACGUCGAAUAUGGCAGCGUAACGGGAACUUAUACACGACCGACUGCAUUAGAAAAGUGCAUAAUUGGCUGAAAUGCCAUGAUAAGGUUAAAGCUCCCGGCCAGAAUCCACUAUUUUUCCUCGAGUACGGUUGCGGCCGCACUAAACUAGUCACUCACUCACUGUGACCAAAAUUAUUUUAACAUCAUCCACAAUUUCUUCGUUCAUUCUUUCUCUCUUUCCAUUCUACUUAUCGCAACACACCACCGAAUUCCAUACCUACUUCCUCGAUAAAGAUGUCGGCACGAGUAUGGAAGUUUCUAUCAAACACAAUUGGAAAGCUCCAAAGUCCCAGACCAGCUCAACAACAUGACAAUUCCAACAAUUCACCAUCCCUGCGCCAAAUCGAAUCGAAUCCCGACACACCGACUCGUCACGGCAACAGCAAGAAUGUAGGCGAAGAACUUGAAAAUGCAGGACUGUCGACAGAGCAGGACGACUCUGUGCUCGAUGCACCAUUGGAUAAGAUCAGUAAUAUUAAAGAGAAGCUUGAGGGGGCGGUGAAACCAAUUACGAAAAAUGAGGUUGAAGAUGAACCUGAGGAGGAUGUCACGGCAGAGAACCCAGACAACAUUGAGGCAGAGGAAGCACCAAAACCUACCAAAAAAUCAGCAAAUGGUAAACCAGUUGCAGUUCUACCUCCGAGACAAGGUCGCAAUAAGAGGGGAGGAUCUGCGGAGAAGGUAGAGACAUUGGCGCAUACUGAGGUUCCAGUUGAAAAUACCCGCAAGACAAGGGGAAGAGGUAGACCUGCGAAGAACGCAAAGCCAGCGGUUGAAGAUGAAACUAUCGCUCCGACUACACAAGCAGAAGACAAUGGCGUGGAAGAAGAGGAAAUUGCAGAAGUUGCAGAGCUGUCAAUCAAGGAUGAACCUUCAGUCGACAACUCUACAAAUCGUAAACCAAGAGGAAGAGGCAGACCCUCAAAACCAAAAUCAUACGAAGAAAGCCACCAAUCGGAAGCUGAGACCAUGGCAGAAGAAGUAGAGGCAUCGAAUAGCAACAACCCAAUUGAAAAACCCCAUGCCAAUCGCAGUAAUGCGAAGAGACCAUUACUUCCAAAAGUCGCAGACCAAGUACAUGUCUCCGAAUCCUCCAUUGAUACACCUCCAGUCGCCAACAAUAAAAGAAGAAGAGAUGUCUUGGAAUCAUCUGUUGGAACUGAAGAUCCCGAAAUGAGUUCUUCUGCUAGUGUUUCUAAUAAACGAAGAAAGACUUCCGCAAAGCCUGAAGGACCCGGCAUCCCACCUAUAGGAACCACCCAAGAAGCCAAAGACGAGCGUAGAAAAUAUAUGGACAGAGAACGACAACGCAGAUGCCGACAACGUAAGAAGGAUAGACAACAAGGAUUACAGGAAGCCGAAAGAGAGGUUUUAGCACAGGCCAAAGAUGAGAGAAAAAAGGCUAUGGCUCGAGAACGUGUUCGAAGACAUAGAGAUAAUCAAAGACAAAAACAAGGAGUGGAAGUUGAAACAAAGGCAUCGGGUAGGCAAAGAACGAGGGAAGAAGCCAGACAGAGGGACAGGGAAUUGAUUGCUGGUGGUGGAAGAAGUGGUGCAAGGAAUUCGACGGAGAAUGAAUCGUUUAGCGAAUGAAGGAUUUGAGAAAGGGAUUUUCAAUACUAGUUCACAGGGUUAUCCUUUGUUCUUUUAUAUCAUACUUUAAGGACUCAGUACUCAUGAUAUAUAUUACUUUCAAAAGGGACUCACAUUAUUACACCAUUUCCAACUUCGUCUGAGGGUCAUCGUAUUCUUGCUUUUAUGGAAAAUUGUUUGCGGUUUCUGAGAUGCAUUUAUUGAUACCUCGAUUAUUGUUACUACUUUGCUGAGACCAUUCAUUAUUGCUUAAUAUCAUUAUCAAUUACAAGAAAGAGUAUAAUACCACACACACAAUUCCAGGGAAAUUGAUACAAACUAUAACUUACA